AUGGCGGGGCUUCACUUCUUGCUCGUGCCGCUGGUGGCGCAGGGCCACAUCAUCCCGAUGGUAGACCUGGCCCGCCUCCUCGCCGGCCGGGGCGCGCGAGUCACCGUGGUCACCACGCCCGUCAACGCCGCGCGCAACCGGGCCGUCGUAGAAAGCGCCCGGCGGGCGGGACUCGACGUCGAGAUCGCGGAGAUCGCGUUCCCCGGCCCGGGCCACGGGCUGCCGGAGGGUCUGGAGAACAUGGACCUGCUCACGGAGAGGGAGCACUUCCAGCCCUUCUUCCAGGCCGCGUGGAGCAUGGACGCGCCGCUGGAGGAGUACGUGCGGUCGCUGCCCCGGCGCCCGGACUGCCUCAUCGCCGACUCGUGCAACCCAUGGACGGCGGAGGUGUGCGCCCGCCACGGGAUCCCGCGCCUGGUGCUGCACUGUCCUUCCACCUACUUCCUCCUCGCCAUGCACAGCCUGUCCAAGCACGGCGUGCACGAGCGUGUCGCCGACGAGCUGGAGACGUUCGAGGUUCCCGAUUUCCCGGUGCCCGCCGUCGCGAACAAGGCCACGUUCCGCGGCUUCUUCCAGUGGCCCGGCGCGGAGGGCUUCCAGCGCGACGUCGCCGAGGCCGAGGCCACGGCGGACGGCCUGCUGUUCAACACCUUCCGCGACAUCGAGGGCGUCUUCAUCGACCGCUACGCGGCGGCGCUUGGCCGGAAGACAUGGGCAAUCGGGCCGACGUGCGCCUCCGGCGGCCUGGACGCGGACUCCAGGGCCAGCAGGGGCAACCGCCCGGACGUCGACGCCAGCCUUUUCGUGUCGUGGCUAGACGCCCGGCCGCCAUCGUCCGUUCUGUACAUCAGCUUCGGCAGCCUCGCGCACCUGCCGGCGAAGCAGGUCAUCGAGCUCGGCCGCGGCCUCGAGGCGUCGGAGCGGCCGUUCGUCUGGGCCAUCAAGGAGGCCAAUUCGAACGCCGACGUGCAGGCGUGGCUCGCCGAGGGGUUCGAGGAGCGCGUCAAGGACAGGGGCCUCCUGGUCCGCGGGUGGGCGCCGCAGGUGACCAUCCUCUCGCACCCCGCGGUGGGCGGCUUCUUGACCCACUGCGGGUGGAACGCCGCGCUGGAAGCCAUCGCCCACGGCGUGCCGGUGCUGACGUGGCCCAACUUCUCCGACCAGUUCAGCAGCGAGCGGCUGCUCGUCGACGUCCUCGACGUCGGCGUCAGGUCCGGUGUCCAGGUGCCCGCCAUGUUUUUACCGAAGGAGGCAGAGGGGGUGCAGGUGACGAGCGUCGGCGUGGGGAAGGCGGUGGCCGAGCUCAUGGACGAGGGGCCCAAGGGGACGGCGAGGAGAGCGAGGGCCAAGGACCUCGCCGCAAAGGCGAAGGCAGCCAUGGAGGAAGGCGGGUCAUCGUACGCCGACUUGACCGACAUGAUCCACCACGUCACGGUGCUCGGCGGUAAGAAGGGCCAUGAGGUGGACACGACGAGCGCGAGGGCUAUGCCUUCGAUUUUACACUAG